AUGACCGUGGAGCGUCCCUCCAAGAUGAUGCAGUGGCUCACGGAGUCGGGCGCCCCCCAGCAGAAGGUGAAGCUGCAGACGGUGGUGCGGGAGGGGACGGAGGUUGACAUCACUGUGGCGGCAGAGGCGCUGCAGCCGGGCGACGUCGCGCUGCGCAUCCCCGAGCACCUCAUCGUCACCCUGGAUCGAGUGCUGGAGGACAACACGCUGGCAGAGCUGGUGACCACCGGCAAGCUGUCGGAGCUGGCCUGCCUCACGCUGUACCUCGCCUAUGAGAAGAAGCGGGGCAAGGAGGGCUGCUGGUACCGCUUCAUCAAGGAGCUGGACCGCAUGCAGGGCCGCGGCUCCCAGGGCGCCAAGUCGCCGCUGCUGUGGGACGAGGGGCAGGCGGCGGAGCUGCUGGCCGGGUCGCCGGUGGUGGGAGAGAUUGAGGCGCGGCUGCAGGGCAUCCGUAAAGAGUACGAGGAGCUGGAUACUGUGUGGUACCUGGCGGGAAGCCUGUUCAACCGCCAGCCCUUCUCGCCGCCCACCGAGCAGUUUUCCUUCCCCGUCUUCCGCCAGGCAUUCACCGCGGUGCAGUCCUCGGUGGUGCACCUGCAGGGUGUGGCGCUUGGCAAGCGCUUUGCGCUGGUGCCCAUGGGCCCGCCGCUGCUCACCUACAGCAGCACGGCCAAGGCGAUGCUCAAAUUCGAUCCGGAGAGCCACGAGGUGCGGCUGGCGGUGGACCGCGCCUACCAGCCGGGCGAGGCUGUGCUGGCGUGGUGCGGGCCGCAGCCCAACAGCCGCCUGCUCAUCAACUACGGGAUCGUGGAUGAGAGCAACCCCUACGACAAGCUGCCGCUGUCCAUCACCAUCCCUAGCGACGACCCGCUGUACCGCCUGAAGCGGGACCGGCUGGCGGAGCGCGGCCUCAGCACGCAGCAGACCUUCCAGCUGCAGGCGGCGGCGUCGCUGCCCGCCCAGCUGCUGCCCUACCUCCGCCUUGUCCACUCCACGCGGGAGGCGGAUGUGGAGGGGGUGAAGUGGGAGGAGGAGGCGGGGCCGGUGGCGCCUGAAAACGAGCUCACCGUGCUCAACCAGCUGAUCACGCACCUGCGGCUGCGCCAGUCGCGGUACCGCACCACGAUCGAGGAGGAUGAGGCCAUCAUCGCAGACCCCGCCAAGGGGCCGCGCCCUACCGUGGCCGCGCGCCUGCUCAAGAUCGAAAAGGGCAUCCUUGCGGCCGCGGUGGCGGCGGCCAUGGCGCUGCCGGGGGCAGCCGAGGCGGCGGCGCACGGGCCGGUGGUCACAGCGAUCAAGAUGGAGUGA